UAACGAGACAGUGUUAUGUUUUGGCAACUACUGCGCAUUGGCCACGAGCAGAAGUUCUGUAUCUAUAAUUUACACCGUAAGUACAAAACAAUGGCAAAGCUUUAUGUUAAGGAAUAUGAUGUGGACAGUAAAUUACCAUGGCUGUACAUCAUCUUGACAAAAUCUCCAGUUGACAUUGUUAUAUUUAAACCAGGCGAUACACAGCACACGCUAAUGAAUCCAGCAAAAAUAUUACCAUUUUUGCUUGAUGAAGAUGUUAAAAUUUGGGGAACAUCUGCAAUUACUAACUUUGUACGUCCACAACAAAGUGAACCUUUCUAUAAAUUACCAGGAAAUGACAACCAGUUGCUCAUACAACAUGGGAAAAAGAAUAUAACAGACCAUUUAGACACAUUAGAAAAACAAUAUUUCACAAAAAAGAAAUACGUGCAUGGAGACGCUGAAACAAUUGCAGAUUUUUACAUUUGCAAUAUUCUUAUGGAGUUGGAAAGAUUCAAAUUUGAUUUUUCAAAAUGGCCAAAAACUGAGAAGUGGUUUCAUGAAAUGAGUCAAAAAGUUAUAGUUGCAAUGCCAUAAAUGUUUGUUCUUUUCUUCAGAUAGGUUUUACAAGAUUAAAAGUCUUAUCUAAGUGAGAUAUAACUGACUCCUUAGAGAAACAUACAAGAGUCUAAUGAAUAACUUAACUUUUCAGUGUACCAUAACCAAGCUAAGUGUGUGUUUAUUUAAGAAAUAUAGUGUGCUUAUAUUAUGUUCUGUUGCUAAAAAUUGUUUUUAUAUUAUUACCUAAUAAGCAAAUACAUUGAUUGUGAAACUUACUAUAUAUAUAAAAAAAAUUAAUGGAUAAAUACCAAGCAAUUUACCCCUGAAUGUUUAUAGUAUAUAUUUGUGUAAAAUUGUAUAUAAAUUUGUAUGUAGAGAUAUCUUAAAGAGUAUAUGAAAUAGUUAUAAUAAAAUUUUAAUAUAAUAAUGUUCUUAUAAUAGUUGUAUAAAAAAAAAUGCUCUUGAUAUUUUUGUUGUUUUUCUUUUUGUGUUUUGAAUUGCAUUUUUAGCUUUUCUGUUAGUUCAUAACUAAACAAACGAGAGAAAAUGUUAAACUACAAAUACACUUUUUAUAAACAACCAAGUUGCUAAGGAUUUUGACUAUGAUUCUGGUUACAACUUAAGGGUUUGCAAUGAAAUUUUGUGAGUAAGCAUAUAGGGCUUAUAUAAGCUUGCCCACAAAAUUUUAUUGCAUACCAAGUUGCAUAUUCCGAAGUUAUUGGGUCAUUGGCAAAAAAUUAAGAGGCCUAGGACAAGCAAACAAGUGUCAUUUUGGCAAAAAAGUUUAUCUUAGUCAAUUUACAUUUAACCCUAACUCACAUCCCUUAACUGGUAGAAAAUUACUGAUGACAGAAAAUGUCAAAAUUUGCUAUAACGUAAAUAUGACAUCAUAAAUUAUGUAGCACAAUUAAAUUUGAAAUUCUUUAAAUGUGAAUAUCUUGAGAACGAAAGGAACUUUUUAAGAUAUUUAAAAAGACUUGUUAACAUCAUUUUAUUUCCCUUUAGGCAACUGAGGCUUAUACCUUGACAAUCCAUCAAGUAAACUACAAAACUGUUCUUCAAAAUAUAUUUUUAAACAUAAACAACUAUAAACAUAUACUACCAUGGGUAAUCAAGGAAAUUACUUUUAAAGUUUAUAUAUGCAUCUUUAAGUCUAAAAUCAAAUUUUGCCCUUGAGCAACUAGGUUGAAAUAAAUCAAAUGUAUACUUUAUAUAAGCAAUGGGUUGAGAUAUGUGAUGUAAUAC